UGACAAAAGAGAUGGCCUUAUCUCCUCUGCUCAUUGAUGUGGUGGUGAUGACGUACCCCUGUGUAGGGUAGGGGGACCCUUUUGCAAGGAAGCCCUGGGGCCCCAAAGUGGCUUUUCCAUGCACAGAGGGGCUGUUCUGGGUUCUUCUGACCAGAAGUGUGGGAGAUCAAUUUGUGACUGUAUCACACACUGCAGUGUUUGCAAAACACUUAUCUGUUCGACGUGUGAACUGUGCUUUCCUGUUUGCAAGUGUUGUGGUGAGAGGAGGCUGGUGAUAUUCGGGCAGCGCUGUGUGCUGAAAUACUCCACUGAAAAUUCAUACAAGAACAGGAAGAGACCUCUCUGGGCUUUUUUAAUACAUACAGCUCAUGUCUAGCUCAUUGUGAAUGUGCGCUUUAAGUCACGUUCCUGAUAACACUGACUUUAAUGUACUUGCAAUUUCCUAUUUGUUAUUGUUUGACUCAAGCAUGUAGAUUGUUUCAAGCCUUUAAGUGUGUAGGUUUAUUUGUCUGUUGUGUUCAGUUUGUAAGCAUGAGUUGUUGUGCACCAAAGCCAUGAGGUGCCCAACAACUUCCCACCUGUCACUGCAUCUAUUGAUCACAUAACCUCAGGUGAACAGCUGCACGACACACACACACACACACAUAGGCUCAGGUCUCACUUAGACAUAAACCUAUAAAAAAACAGACUAAUGUAAAACAUGAGUUAAGGCAAAACCGAGCCUUGUUAAACACUAAUACAAUCAUAGAAAGCUUGUAAAUACUUCACCUUCAUUUGUCCUUUUUUAUGAUCUAUAAUUGGAUUUAAGACAUUUUUAAGUAGAAGAUUGUGGGUGGUUUGGGUUUUUUCUUGUAAAUUUGUGGGAGGACAAUAAGAGAAGCAGUCUGAUGACUAAACUUUCAUAUGUUAUGUGGGAGGAAAAUGCAACUCUUUUUCUUUCCUUUUUUUUCUUUUCUUUUCUUUUUAAAACAAGCCAGUUGCUGGGUGUGGAGUGGUGUCAUCAUUUGAAAGAAUGUGAGAGGGUAUGAUCCGUCUGCAGAUGGCUGUGUUUUGGUGUGUGUGUUUGAGGACUCAUGUUUCCUGGGUUUGUUGUAAAGUUAGGAGUGUGUCUCUCUACAAACAACUUGAGUCAUGUGACUCUGAGCACUCACUGACUCAUUCUGCCGUUGCAACUUCCCCACAAAUCCUUGUAUUUAUCAGACCUCUAGUCUCUUGGAAACCUCAUUCUGCUGCUUAAUGUUGAUAGAACAGCUCCGUCACUUUCCCUACAUCUCUCUUCUUUAUCUCUUUUUCUUUCUCCAAGUCUGAGCUUCAGCCCCCUCCCUCCCUCUCUACUUCUUCCCCUUUCCAUGAGGCCUCUGUACUCUUGCCUUCCAGAGCUGGACUGGAGGCCUCUCUAUCCCACACUCUCAUUGGCUAAGCCUGACCACAUGGUCAUGGAGUGGGCCGCCCUGCUCCGAUAUCCGCCCAGCUCUCUGGGUGUUCACAUGGAAUAACUCUACAGCUGCAGUGGGAAGAGAGCAGGGGCCGGGAAAGAGACAGAGAGGGAGAGACAGCGAGCCCAAAAUGGACAUGGCUAACCUAUUCAAACAUUUCUUUCGAAUCGGGAAGGUGAAGAGCAGAAAGGGGGGGAUGAGAGACACAGCCUCCAACGCAGACACAGACAUGUACGCAGAUAACGGCGAGCGGCUGUACGACCUCAACCUGCCCGCCCUCGUCAAGUUCAGCUACACAGCGGAGCGAGAGGACGAGCUGUCUCUGGUGAAAGGCACGCGGGUGGUGGUGAUGGAGAAGUGCAGCGACGGCUGGUGGCGCGGCAGCUACAGCGGACGGUCUGGCUGGUUUCCGUCCAACUAUGUGACGGAGGACGUGGAUGGGACGGCGGGGGGAGGGGGCAUGGGCGGGCCCGGAGACCCGGCCGGAUCGCUAACGGAGAAGCUGGCGGCGGUGGUGAACAGCACCACGAACGGGAACAGAGUGCUGCACACGGUUCAGGCGCUCUACCCUUUCAGUUCAGAAAACGACGAGGAGCUUAACUUUGAGAAGGGCGAGGUGAUGGAGGUCGUGGAGAAGCCCGAGAACGACCCGGAGUGGUGGAAGUGUCGCAAAGCGGACGGACAUCUGGGCUUGGUGCCUAAAAACUACGUCACUGUGCUGGACUCCACCUCCCAUAAACCUGGCGCAGGGCCCGCUGGGCCGCCCACACCUGACUGUGACUACAUCUCGCCCUCAGGCAGCGGGCGCUUCGCGGGGAAGGAGUGGUACUACGGGAAGGUGACGCGCCACCAGGCGGAGGUGGCCCUCAACCAGAGAGGCAUAGAGGGAGACUUUCUGAUCCGAGACAGCGAGUCAUCGCCAAACGACUUCUCCAUCUCCCUGAAGGCGCAGAGCAAGAACAAGCAUUUCAAAGUGCAGCUGAAGGAAAACCUUUACUGCAUUGGACAGCGUAAGUUCAACUCUAUGGAAGAGCUUGUUGAACACUACAAAAAGGCCCCCAUCUUCACCAGUGAGCAGGGAGACAAACUGUACCUGAUCAAGGCCCUGGCUGCCUCCUGAUCCCUCUCCGUCACACACUUGCACUUCCACGCAGACACACACACACACACACACACACACACACACCCACACACACACACACUUAUACAUUAACUGCAUCCAUAUAUAUUCAUUCAGAUUACUUACGCCAGAACACACACUAACAUUUAAACUCCAAGCCUGAGGACUUAACACAUCAUCAGGACUUUAAAUGCCCGAUUUGUGAGCAUUCCAAGAGGAGGCAUGGAAAAAGCAUGGGAGAGACACGGAGCAAUGGAAGGAGGAGACAAAAAGACUAUGGACUCCUGAGAGUUGACUACAGACCUCUUGGUCGCCUAUUUUAAAUUAUCCAGAUGAGUUAGGUCAUAGGCAAUGCCAUGUAUUUCCACCUUGAUAUCUAUUAGAGUUGCAUUUAGUUUCUUUUUUUUUUUUUUUGUUGAUAAUAUAUAAUCUUUUUAACAGUUUCUUUUUAAAAAUGUGAUGAUUUUAAACUGUAUUCAGUACACAACAACCACCCAUAUGAGGCAUUUCUCACGUUAGCAAACUAGCCCACAGAGGUCUACAUUUCAACUCAUUUUUGUGUUGUCUGUCUUAAUUCUUUAUGAUUGUGGACGCACUAAUCCACAACUUCUGCUAACUCCUAAUCAUGAAUAAAAAUUAAGUGACCAAAAUAUAUUUAUUGAUAGAAUUCUGUUAGGAUCAUGGCGGUGGAGAUCGGAAUAUCAAACGCACGCAUCUGUGGUCAGAGGAUUUUGAGGAUUCUUGUGCAAAGUCAAACUAGUUGUUCAACUUUUCUUUUUGUACAACGGAACUGCUUGUCUCACAUAUUGCUGUAUCCAUAUCAUGUGAAUGUUACAAAGCCGAGGCAUCACAGACAGUGGGGGUGACUUUGCAUGCGUGCAUGUCCUCACACCUUCACUGUUACCUCUUAAAAGAGUGAUCAGCAGUCCACGUGAGCGAUGGGGAGUUUACCCUUGUGUUUAGAGGUCAUGCGAAGAGUCAGAAAGUACUUUUCCUCAUAGUCUGGAGACUUCCUCACACUCCCUCCCCUGCUGGGGUGUGACUGACAGCUGAUGCAUCCUUCCAGUGUUGCUAAAGGGGAUGUUUCUCUGGAGAAGAGGAGGGAGCAGGGCAAGCGGGGUGGGUGUACGUUGACAGCAGCGCGGCUUCCAAACACCCGCCAGCUCUGUGUGGAGCUGGGAGGGGAAAUGGAGGGACCAGUCCAGAGCAUGAUGUCACUGCUCCUGAAUUAGUGAUCACUGGAGGGAACGUAGGGGUCGCCCAGGGGUCGCGUUUGUGCGGUUGCAGCGCACAUAUACACGUCAAGCUAGGAGACGCCCUUUUCCUCAAGGAGGCACAAAGGAUUUUCAGAAAACAAUCCCUUCAGCUAAGUACCCUUUCUUUGAUAUCUGGGCAUUUAUUUUCAUCGCCAACAUGUCUUAAGAAGUGUCCUAGCUCGGGGAAUCAUGCUUGUUUUUCCCCAAAAUGUAUGGUCAAGUUAGAAUACAGUGGAAUGUUUUCAGCAGAACAUGGUUUAUAUUGACAGUGAAUGGGUGUUUGAUGAGUGAAAAUGGACCAAGUAGUGUUUUGAAUGUUGAAGGGGCAGCUAGCACCAGCGCCUGCAAUCAGAGCUGGCAGGGAGCAGUGGGCUCAGAGAAGAUGAUGAUGAUCACGAUGCUUGCGAUGAUGAGUUCUCCAGCUGCAGCCAGUUGGACCCGAGCAGCAGAGAAAGGGAGAGGGGGGAGGAAGAGGGAUUUCAUAGAGGAGGAAUGGAAAAAUUGGACCCUAAAAAACAAAAGCAGUGAAGUAGGAUCUAGGGAGGAGACUUGGAGAAUGUGUUCCAUUGAAUAAGAGUAUCUGGAUUAGCACUCCCAGUCAUAUACGGGUGGGGAAAUGAACGGAGGCCAACACUGAUGUAUCAUAGGAGAGAAUAAAGGAGAUUUGGAUGGGAGGGCUUUUAAGGUCUAAUUAAUCCAAGCAUGAAAAAAGUCAGUCAUGCCACAAAGAACACAAAACAUGGGUGUGAACCUUUUUUCUUCCUCUCUCCAUUCCCCAGAUGAUUGACAGAGCUAUUCAUACGAGAGCUGCCAGUAUGUUUUCUCAGUUUUGGAGCUGUAACGACGGAUUAUAAACGGUGGAACAGUUGUCUUUCAGUUUGAUUUAUGGCGGGUUAAAAUGGCAAGUUCUAAUUAUGCACCUACAGUACCAGUCGUCAGUUAAUUUACGUGAGAUUACAUCUGAUUAAAAAAACAACAUUCCAAGUUUAAAAUGCGUUUGUCUGGACUCAAAGAUUCUGUUUAAUACCUAACAUGGUUAAAAAUGUAAAUUGCAGGAUUGUUUAUCAGUAUGGAUGGAGUGAUUAUGAUAUGUUGAUUUUGGGUCCCAAAUUUAUAGAAAAAAGCUGUCUAGAACAUUUGUACCUGUAUUCGCUUUAUUUUCAGUUAUUCCCUCUUGGUUUUGGUGUUAUCUACGGAAGCCCAAAAGGCUGGUUUUGUGUUAUUUUUUCCUCCCCAGAAUCAAAUUUUUAAGUUAUUUUUUUUUCAUCUGUAAAGGUGUUUUGCUGUUGCUAGAAUGUUUUUUUUUUUUUGUUGUUGAUUUGUUUUUCCAGACUCAUUUUUCUAACUUACUUUUUUUUCCAUCUGUAUAAACGGGUAUAAAAAGAAAUGUUUUUACAGAUGGAAAAAAAGAAAUACAUUACAAUAUAUUACUUUUAAAAAAGUGACUUAAAUAAUGAUACUGGGUCAAAAAAAAAUCCUUGUUUUGCCCUUCAGGGCUUCCGUAGUUGUCAGUCACCAGAUAAGUAUUCGGGUUACAGGAGUCCUGUUACGUGUCAUUUCUUACACCCAAUCCCUGGCUGUUGUAUUGGUGCCAUUUCGUCUGAUGCUCAAUGUGCGAUAGUGUUUGCCUGCAGUGAUAACCAACUGCUAUCAACAAACAAUUUUUUUGGGUGAAAUUUCCUCCCUGACUUCCAGUUCAACAGCAUCUGCAAUAUUACGCAGCAUUAAAGUGACAAACGCCAACGCAAUGUGCCCCAGUUUGAAGGAUUUAGGAGGAGAUUUUAAUGUGCCUUCACAGCUUUCUGUCAACCAAAGGUUUAGUGUCCCUUUUUUUUUUUCUCCCUCCCACUUCUCUUGUCACCGCUGCGUGCUGUUUGGUUAAAGCUUUGCAUGUGCGUCUGAUUAGUGAUCGACGUGUCGGGGGUGUCAUCCCUAUAAGAGGGGUAUUUCCUCAUUUAAUUGUUGGCUGAAAAUGUCAUUGUCUAACUUUUUUUUUUUUUUUUGCAUAAAAUGCCCAUUAGGUGAUAUUGUGUGUAGUUUCAAGUGACCUUACCUUUGCUGAUUUCAUCAAGUAUAACUUCUUUAAGUGAACAGUGAAUGCCUACAUGUACAGUAUAAAAUAUGUGAUGUUCAUUCAGAAACAUAACCCCCAGGUGUGAUGUAAUCAUGACCUGAAUCUCAUGUAUGAGCACCUCAAGUAACGGCAUCAGUUGUGAAGGAACUGUCAUGGUUUCCAAGGAAAUAGUUUUCUAUGUCUGUAUGUAUUUCAUAUAAGACUUAGUGUAAGACAUUCACUUUUGCAGUUUAGACACUUAAAUAUGUAAAGAAAAAACUCCUCAAUACUUAAAUGUUUUACUUGAUAUUCAAAUACAGAACUACAGUAUCUCCCUACAUAGAUAUUGUUAUAAACUGGGAUCUUUUUUCACCAAUGGAGGCCGCAUGAGCAGAGCCUUGUAGCUGUACAGAAAUGGUUUUAAAUCUGCUUAAAAAGACACUGAAGUCAGUUGUGGUGGAUAUUAUCAAGAGAUCCUGUAUCAAACUAUUUUUCAUGAUCAAGAACUACAGUGCAGCAGGGCAACUCUUUUGUUUCUCGACUGUUAAACUAGCCUGAGAUAAAUCUUGAAUCUCUGGAUUUCUUGAUAAUAUUCCAAACAAAUGACCCCGUGUUCAACUUUGGUGCUUUUGUGCUGCUUCUUGGUGUUGUCUCACAAAGCUUUUUUUUUUUUCCCCUGUAUGAGAGAGAGUGAAGAAAACAGAUCCAUGCUGUGGAAUGAUAAAGGCAGUGCUGUGAAAUUUAAUGUCAUGCUCUUAAUACUGUUUUUAUGGAGGGGAGGUCGUCUUCAGGUGUAAUAAUUUAGAAGAGUUUAUUAGAGUGUUCAAAAGACGUAAUAAACGACAUAAAAACAAUACCGUAAUGAUGUCUUGUGUUUUAUCUGCUGCAAUGUGUGAAUACUCUGAAUUAAAUGUUGGUAUUUCCACUUUAA